ACUAAGUAACCAGUUGCGAGUUGAACGUUUAAGCGAGACAGCGAGCGUGUGCGGUAGAUCAAAGCAACCAGAUGGAGAUUAGCCUGCUAACGCUGGCCCUGGUGGCCGGUGUGAUAGUGCUGGCGUACCGGUACUACACCAAGAACAACUUUUACUUUGCCGACAAACCGAUACCGUUCCUGAAGCCGGACUUUCCGUUCGGUAACCAGAAUCCGCUGAUGUUUAAGAAAGUGACGAUCUUUGACCAUUUCCGCAACCUUUACAAUACCUUUCCAACGGCCAAAAUCUACGGUAUGUUCAACGUCCGGCAACCGGCAUACAUCGUGCGCGAUCCGGAGCUGAUCAAACAGAUCACGGUGAAAGACUUCGAUCACUUUGCCGAUCAUAUGGCGACCGGCUUGGAGGAUAGCAGCAGCGAUAUGCUGUUGGCCAACUCGCUCGUUUCACUGCGUGGUCAAAAGUGGCGCGAUAUGCGCGCUACCCUUAGCCCAGCCUUUACCGGGAGUAAGAUGCGCAUCAUGUUCGAGCUGAUCGCCGAGUGUGGCCAAUCGAUGGUGGAGCACUUUCGGGGUGAGGAAGCCAAGGCUAAGGGCACCGGAAGUGGAUUGCAGCUCGAGAUGAAGGAUGUGAUGUCACGGUUCGGUAACGAUGUGAUCGGUACGGCGGCGUUCGGUAUCAAGGUGGAUUCGUUGCGUGAUCCCGAGAACGAGUUCAUCGUCAUGGCCCGCUCCAUCAUGAACCAGCAGUCGCCGGUGAAGGUGGUCAAGAUGUUGGGCUUCACCUUUUUCCCCAAGCUGAUGUCUCGGUUUAAGAUUGACUUCCUGACGAAGGAGGAGGAUCGGUUCUUCCGCCAGGCCAUCCAGGAGACGAUGCGUGUCCGCGAGGAGAAGGGCAUCUUCCGGCCGGACAUGAUCGAGCUGCUGAUGCAGGCGAAGAAGGGCAGUUUGAAGCAUCAGCCGGAGGGUGAUGAUAAGAAAACUGAAACUAGCGCCACCACCAGCGCUGAGGAAGGAUUCGCGACGGUCGAGGAGUCUCAGAUCGGGCGCCGUGCUCACAACCGUGCCUGGACGGACAGUGAGCUGAUUGCGCAAGCGUUUAUCUUCUUCUUUGCCGGCUACGAGACCGUCUCGUGGAGUAUCUCGUUCGCCCUGUACGAGCUGGCGAUCUCUGAGGACAUCCAGCGGAAGUUACGCGAAGAGAUCGAUGAAACGGAGGCCUCUCUAGCCGUGGGUGAAGUGAUCGGUUACGAGAAGUUACAGUCGAUGCGGUACAUGGAUAUGGUCGUAUCGGAGACGCUGCGCAAGUGGCCCUUCGGAACGGUGCUGAACCGCGAGUGCAUCCAAGACUACUCGUGCGAUGACGGGACUGGCAACAAGUUUACGAUCGAAAAAGGAAGCAUGCUGCUGAUACCGAUCAUUGGUAUUCACUUCGACGAAAAGUACUACAAAGAGCCGGAACGGUUCGAUCCGGAGCGCUUCAACGAGCAAAACCGCAAGAACAUCCAGUCCGGCACGUACAUUCCGUUCGGUAUUGGUCCACGGAACUGUAUCGGUUCUCGGUUCGCCCUGAUGGAGGUCAAGGUGGUGCUGUACUAUCUGCUGAAGCACUUCCGCGUAACGCCCUGCGCCAAGACGCAGAUUCCGCUCAAGUUUAAGAAGUCGGCCACACAGUUGGCCACCGAGCAGGGCAUCUGGUUGGAGUUUAACUCCAGAACGGCCACGUAGCACCGCUUGAUGACCCCCUUUACCCGUCCCCAAAAAAUAAGGCCUAAAUAUAAAGUAUUUAACAUCAA